CUCCCCCUCUAAUAUUCAUUAGGGUUUGUCUUUUUUUCACUUCUCACACCAUUUUCAUUUUUCACACAUUUUCUCGCAUUUUCCGCUCUUCACUUUCUCGGGAAAAAUCAUGGUGAAGGGUCCUGGUCUUUACUCCGAUAUCGGAAAGAGAGCACGAGAUCUUCUUUUCAAAGAUUAUCAGAAUGAUCACAAGUUCACAAUCACAACUCAAACUUUAGCUGGAGUGGAAAUUACUUCAGCUGGAGUCAGGAAAGGUGAGGCAUUUUUGGCUGAUGUGAGUACCAAGGUGAAGAACAAGAACGUCACUACUGAUAUCAAAGUGGACACUAACUCAAAUCUGCGCACAACCAUUACUGUGGAUGAAACAGUGCCUGGACUCAAGACUAUUUUUAGCUUCAUUUAUCCAGAGCAAAAAUCUGGCAAGGUGGAACUACAGUACCUUCAUGAUUAUGCUGGGAUCAGUACAAGUAUUGGGUUGACAGCAACUCCCACUGUUAACAUCUCUGCUGUGCUUGGAAAUAAUUUGGUUUCUGUUGGAUCAGAUGUUUCCUUUGAGACUUCUUCUGGCUCCUUGAACAAGUGCAAUUUUGGGUUGAAUGUUACUCAUGCUGACCUUAUUGCUUCUCUGACUGUCAAUGAUAGAGGUGAUUCCCUCAAUGCCUCGUAUUACCAUGUUGUGAGCCCACUGACAAACACUGCUGUUGGGGCGGAGCUUUCACACUCCUUUUCCAGCAAUGAGAAUGUACUAACCAUUGGCACACAACAUGCUCUUGACCCAGUAACCUUGUUGAAAGCUAAGGUGAACAAUUAUGGUAAGGCAAGUGCUCUGAUCCAGCAUGACUGGAGCCGACAAGCACGUUUCUCUCUUGUUGGGGAAGUUGAUACUGCUGCCAUUCAGAAGACUGCAAAGGUUGGUCUUGCUUGUGCCUUGAAGCCUUAGAAUUGGUGAUUUUGUGAUUGAUAGGUUGCUUUGUCUGGUGGUGGAGACAAUAAGUUUAGUGGUAGGGUUUCACUUUCCCAUGAACCUUUUGGUGUCCUUCAUUUUGGAGCUAUUAAAUUUCUUCAUAUUUUGGUUGGUUCAGGGUGCAAAAUCAAUAAGAGCAGAGGACAAUUUUUAAAAUUGUAGUUAUUCAACAAUUCCACCUGAACCUUCAUUGGUUUAGAUGCACCUUUGAGUAAGUUUUUGAGCAUGGAAGGUGAUAAUCAUGCGAUAUGAAUGUUGUCGAGUGUAUAUCGAAGCUCUGGUUUAUGCUUUGUAUGACGUAUUUCCUUA